AGAGAGACCGCUGUGUGUGCUGCGGAUACAAGGGCAGCAGGGUAGGGCUCGGCCUGGAUGCGCAGUGGAUGCUUGGGGAGGACAACAUAACAGUGUGUGUGUUGUUGUUUUUUUCCCUUGAAACGUAAUGGGUGUCUCAUUGAAAUGCAUGUGGCACAUUUUUAAGGGAGCAUGCGCCAUUGCCAGCAAUGCAAACCCCUGUGAUCGCAGUGCGAUGAGGCCAAUAAGAAACGUUGACUGUUUUGCAGCAGCAUCUCCAGCGUAGACAAAUUGUUGCACCAACUGCAACGAUUCUCUCAUGUCAACGUCGUCGGCCCUGGACUUGAUUCGUUUGCUGCAUAUUUCUAAUCACCUGAAUCACCAAUAAUUCUGCAGGGGAGCGCCAUGCUGACCAGCAUCACUGAGGGGAUCCUCUGCUGCCUGACUGGGAAGGCUGCCAGUCUGGUCUUGCCCCUGGAGUCGUCAGAACCCUCCGAUGGGUUUGAGUUUGUGGAGGUGAAACCUGGAAGAGUCCUGCGAGUGCGGCACAUCGUCCCUGAGCGUCAGCCCAUAGUAACGGAAGACCAAGUUGCAGACAAAGAGAAAACGGACGGUAACCGCGAUGAUAUUCGCUCUCCUCACUGUAAUGAGAGCAACACUGGCAGCAGUGUCCACUGCAAGAGGAAGAUCACUGUCUACCGCAACGGCCAGUUGGUGAUUGAGAAUCUCGGUGACGUUUUGCACUCUGAGAUCCUGCAGUGUCAGGAUGGGGAUCUGGAGCCAUGCAGCACUGUGGAGGUGGAGCUGGCAGACUACAAAGAAAUAGCCUCCUCUCCAGACCCCAAACCUGUUCCUCCUCAAGUUCCUCCGCCUCCCGGGGAACAGAAGCCUGCUCCACCUCCUCGCCGCCGCCGUCGCAAGCCAAAGCGCACAGUGGUUAUAGACUCAAAUAGGGUGAUCGCGAGCUGCAAAGGGACGCACUCAGACGUAGCGUUGUUCUUUGUGCAUGGCGUGGGAGGCUCUCUGGACAUUUGGGGCAGCCAGCUGGACUUCUUCUCUCGGCUGGGCUAUGAGGUCAUUGCGCCCGAUCUGGCGGGGCACGGAGCCAGCACUGCCCCACAGAUUGCAGCAGCUUAUACUUUUUAUGCCCUGGCUGAGGAUCUACGUGCCAUCUUUAAGAGAUACGCUCGGAAACGCAACAUUCUCAUCGGCCACUCAUAUGGGGUGUCAUUUUGCACCUUCCUGGCCCAUGAAUAUCCCGAUUUAGUCCAUAAGGUGGUGAUGAUCAAUGGAGGAGGUCCCACAGCUCUGGAGCCCAGCCUCUGCUCCAUAUUCCAGCUGCCAUCCUGCGUCCUUCACUGUCUGUCACCCUGUCUGGCCUGGAGCUUCCUCAAAGCGGGAUUUGCUCGUCAGGGCACUAAAGAAAAGCAGCUGCUGAAGCAGGGCAAUGCCUUCAACGUGUCACCGUUCGUCCUGAGAGCCAUGAUGAGCGGCCAGUACUGGCCAGAGGGGGAUGAGGUCUACCAUGCUGAACUCACUGUUCCCAUCCUUCUGGUUCAUGGCAUGUGUGACAAGUUUGUGCCCAUGGAUGAGGAUCAGCGCAUGGCAGAGAUCCUCCUAUUUGCCUUCUUAAAAAUCAUUGAGGAAGGCAGUCACAUGGUCAUGAUGGAGUGUCCCGACACUGUCAACACUCUCCUCCAUGAGUUCUUCCUGUGGGAACCCGACAUGUCCAAGAAAGACAGCAGCAAGACAGACACGGAGAAGACAGUUGCUGCCAGUGACACUCUCCACACGCUGAAAAUCAACAAGUCGAUGGAUAAAUAACCAACAUGGACGUCUAGUUUAAUCAAGCAGAAGGCCUUUUUUGGCAUGUUGGCGAGUGUUCUUAAGGCUGCUGCCAGGCUGAGAGCUGUUAUAUACAGGGCCACAUCUUAAGGAUGUGGGCGGCCACUGGUGCUUCAAGAUAAAGCAGGACUUAGGGCGUGGUGCCAACAAGAGUACGAUGGGACAAACAUUAAGACGAGAGGAACAGAUGCAAAUACAAAGUCGGUGUCUGCUUUGCUUUUUGAUACAAGUCUGUGCUCCAUGACGUUACGUUUGCAAAAUGACACAAUAUCUGGAAAACAAAAGGACUAUGUCCACUUGUGAUGUGUGUUUGAAAUGUUUCUUGUGAAGAACUGACUAUGGCAAGAUGCAUAAGGCAUACAAUCCAUGAAAUGGUGUCUGAAGUUCCUCACCUUUAUCUUAAAUACUCUGUAAAGUACUGUAGAGCUUCUGUUCUGCCCUUGUUGAACGGAUUUUAUCUUAUCAUUGGGCCCAUCUUACAUCUGAUUUGAGUGAGAACCUGGCAAAUGUAUUGAAUUGAGGAAUUACAGAUGCCAGGAUGAUGGCUCACAAUAAGAUUAAACUGUUGACAAUAGUAAUUUAUUAUGAAAUACUAACUGGAGGGUAAAAGAAAAUAGAUGAUAACAUUAAUAUGCUGAUAUACGUGCAAAAUGCAAUUAACAAUUGCACCACAUUCAUACAUAAAUUACAUUAUUCCUGGAGGAGAAACAAAAACUCAAUGUUCACCUGCAAACCUUUUAACCAGCCCCUUUCACUGUCUGCACCAUCGUCAACAUGAAGACUCACAACUACCGCAAGUGUAAGGGAAAUUGACUCAUCUGAUCCAAACAACAGCACUUUACUUUCCAUAUAUUGAAUUUAUAUCAAAACUAAAUCCAGAAAGGAAUAUGUGUGGCUAAGCACAAUGUAAUCAAUUCAUACAUUCAUAGUUGCAUGGAAAUUAAAUAAUAUUCAACAGGAGAUGUGGACAGAUGUAAACAAACAUGGAUGCCUAAUAAUGGUUCUCCUCCUUAAUUCUAGCAGCCAUUUCUACAGAACUAUAUAAUAUCCUAAGGAUACAAAGUACUGAGGCCCUGCAUGAUUUCAGAGUAUGAAAAGGUACGAGGACGGACAGCUGCAGUAUAUUCUGAUAUUGAAAAAAGAAAUCCCAGUGCACUCCUCUCUAAUCAAAUGAGUGUUAUUCUAAGUGUGUAAGUAUUAUUUUUGCCUUUAUUCUGAAAUAACAGCAACUGCCAUAACAAACUGUGGUUGUAUUGACCGCUUUAUGCUGUUGUGUCUCGAAGCUGAUAAAUGCAAACCAUGUGUGUGUUCUCCUAUUACUCUGCAGUCCACCCUAUUUAUCUAAUAGUGUCAGACUGAACGAAUUAUGCUCACUGAAAGACAUUCAUUCAUGGGUGCUGCUUUGUCUCAUAGUGGGACAGUAAGGUGCGAGUAAAAGCACAGUGUAUUACGCUCCCCUGUUGCUCUUUAUCUGCUGACUGGAUAGUUUACACUGUUUGGAAUUGCAGAUGGUGCAAAGUGGUGGAUUUGAAACUGGGUCAUAUGAUGCUAAAAAAUCGAAUAUGAAUCAUGCAAAGGAGAAAGUCCCCUUCUGAAGAGGGACAUUUGCUCUGACCAUGCUGGUUGUAAUAUAUGCAUUUUGACAGAAUGCGGAUGCAACAUGAUUGCUCCUAUGCAAAUGGCACAAGGGGAAAUAGAAUGGAAAUAAACUGACCCGGCGCUGACACUUCUAAAACAUUAUAUAUUCUCUACAGAAACCAACAAAUGCUGCUGAUGCAAAGUACUGUAUGUUUUCUUUGGUGUGAUUGAUCAGUAAAACUGUAUGGACUACAGGGUGCACAUCUACUUCCUCUUCUGCUAAAAGUGUGCAUAUACAAAUUGUCAGUGCUCAUAUGUGCUAUAUCUUUUUGUCGUUAAAAUGUGCUAAUGUUGUUGUUGCAUUUAUUCAUGGGGAUCAUAUUAUAUGCACUACCUGUGUAUAGAUGCAUAUAACAUUAUAUAUCCUGUGAAAACAGUUGGAGUCAGUGUAUGAAUGUGCCAUUCGAAAUAAAACAGAUGUUCACAGUCUA